AUGGCGUUGAGGCGCUUUUUAGGGUUUUCGGAUGGUGAGCUGAUGAGGUCGGAUGCAAAACCUUGUUCUAGAUUGAUGAGACAGACUGCCGGUAUUUUCAGUGUUGGCGGAGCAUUGGGAUUCUGGAUCCUUUGUAGACUGCAUUAUGGACCCAGAAUUACAGUUCCUAGGAGUCUUCGUUGGGCAGCAUGUGGCGCAGUUUCUAUGAGCUCAACCACUGCUUUGCUGGUUCGCUUAUUUAGUCCAGAGUGUGAGCCCCAAAACAUAGCUACUUAUGACAAAGGAAAUUAG